GGGUUCAAUCUUUUCCUCUCAUGCAGGGGCCACAGAGUACUAUUGGUUCUGCCUCUCCACUUGUCUGUGAAGUAUCACUCCAGGAGUGACAGAGUUAACAAAUACAGUGGAAGAGACAGCUCUGUAAGCUGAGCUACAUGGUCACAUGCACGGGUUUUAUUUUUAACAUCCCAAAACUACUUGAUGUUUCUGCCUGGGCUUGCUCCGUGUCCUUCUGUUCUCUUCCCUUUCUUUGCGUGCAGGUCUCCCUCACCCACCUCACUUCAGCCCAGCUGAGCACAACCAGGAGAGAAGUGUUUAGUACGUGCACAGGGACUCUAUGAUCAAGCACCGGGCCCAGAAAGCUCCCCCUGGGCAACACAGGCACUGUGAGCGAUGUUUCAGCCGGCACUGCCGCGCACCCAUUGAGAUCUCCGUGUCCUGCAUGGUGAUCAGCUGCCACCUCCACUGCGGGGCCACCUUCCACAUGUGCAAGGAGGAGGAGCACAAAUUGCUCUGCCCCUUGGAGCAGGUGUCCUGCCUCAACUCAGCCUAUGGCUGCCCUUUCUCCAUGGCCCGCUUUAAGCUGGGGAAGCACCUCCAGGUCUGCCCAGCAAGUGUUGUCUGCUGCUCCAUGGAGUGGAACCGCUGGCCAAACGUGGAUUCAGACACAACGCUGCACAAGAAUAUUAUGAAAGAGACCUUGAAUGAAGAAUGUCUGGACACAGCUUUGGCACUCAGAGACCAGAAGAUACUUUUCAGGGCUUUGAAAAUAGCUGAAUUAUUUCCAGAGUGGAGGAAAAAGGAUGAACUGGAAGAACUAAUGGAUCAAGCCAUGGGUGGGGAAGCAGGUGCUGAGGGAGGAGCUGCCUGUGGUUCCCAAGAGGGCAAUGACCAGUCUGAGCUCAGCCAACGUGAGCGGGAAGAUUUAGCAAAGGACAAAGAGGGAAUGGAUCUGGGGAGUUACAAGACAUGGGAGAACAUUUUCAGCAAAGAGCUUCUGGCUUGCCAGGUAACAGGCUCAGCAGCCAGCACAGGACAAAAGACAGAGGAGGCUUCCAAGAAAACAGCAUCAGCCUCUCGUGCUGCCAGCUCCACAGACAAGGCAAAGGAAGGACCUGAUGGUGCAGAAGAGGGAAAGGGCCAAAAGUCUGAACAAGUAACACCGAGUAGAGAACUGAAUGGACUGGCUCCCUGGCAAGAAGGAGUCCUGGAGAGGCUGAAGAAGGAAGUCGGUGUAGCGGAUUACAACAUGUAUCUGGUACAUCACGGGGGAAUGCUCAUCCGUUUUGGCCAGAUGGCUGCGUGCACUCCCAGAGAAAAGGACUUUGUCUAUGGGAACUUGGAAGCCCAGGAGGUGAAGACUGUCUACACCUUCAAAGUGCCAGUUAGUUACUGUGGCAAAAGAGCACGACUAGGAGAUGCACUGGGCCACAAGAUGCCAACUUCAGACAAGUCAGUGGAUACCUCAGAACUGGGAAUAAGCAUAGAAGAACUACCUAAGACAAAUAUAGUUGAAGCCACGCUACUGUGUGCUCUGGAAAAAGAGCUGAAAGGUCAUGAGAUCUCUGAAGCAAGAGGUAUCGACGGACUCUUUGUGGAUUUUGCAACACAGACAUACAGCUUUCCUUUGGAGCCUUUCUCCUCCAGCGCAGUUCUAGCAGAUAUUCUGGAUGAAAACAGCCCACCAGAACUGCACAUGGAGCUCUACACUGAAUGUGUAACCAGAAGACACAACAAAAGCAGUUCAGCUUUCACGUUCACUUGCAGUCAUUUCUUUAGGAGGGAUGAGUUCCCAUUCCACUUCAAGAAUGUGCAUGCUGAUAUCCAGUCAUGCCUGGAUGGAUGGUUCCAGCAUCGCUGCCCACUGGCCUACUUGGGAUGUCCUUUUGUCCAAAAUCACUUCCGCCCCGAGGGACUUAAGGCCAAGGUUAUUUACAGCAAGCCUCUCAAGACAUUUGCUAUUAAGCCAGAGGUGGACACCCUUCUUGCUGAACCGGGCAAGUGCAAUUCCAUAGUGGAUAGUCGAGGGAGAAACAAGGACUUGCUGAGCAGCCUCCCAGUGGAAGUGCUCAAGUACAUUGCAGGAUUCCUGGACAGCUUCAGUUUAUCUCAGCUAUCACAAGUGUCAGUGCUCAUGAGGGACAUCUGUGCAACUCUUCUUCAAGAGAGGGGAAUGGUCCUGCUGGUUUGGGAGAAAAAAAGAUAUUCCCAUGGUGGUACUUCUUGGAGAGCUCGCAAAAAGAUCUGGCAGUUCAGCAGCCUGUUCUCCAGAGUUCACAACUGGCAGCGCAGCGACGUCCCGAGCAUGUCAGAGCACCUGAGGAAUUGUCCCUUCUACCAGGCAGAGCACAGGACAGACCCCGUGCUGCUGACGGGCAUGAGCGAAUCUCGGGAGCAGACUCGAAAGACUUUGGUCUCUACUUUCAGGCACAGAGUCUGAACAACUUGCUUCCCCUCUGACAUUGCUCCCUUCAGGGCUCUGAGAUGAAGAUUUGGGGAUUCAGGUGUAAAGGUUGUUGCUUCCAACUCUCCUUUGGACGUACAAAAUUGGCUUCUCCCCAACUGCAUUUGAAACCUCUGCAUUUUUUUUUCCCCGCAUUAAAUUGUUAAAGCUUCAACCACUGCUUACUAACAUCACAUGCUUUCUGUUUUCUGUUCCUGGUUUAAUACAGCAUCCUGAAGAAAGCAAUGAGGAUCUUAUUUGAAAACAUUUUUACAUCCUUGAAGGUAGGCUGCUGCUCCUGUACCAUGUGCCUGAGAGAAGCAAGAGCAGUUAAUGUACUUAGCUCAAAUAGAUCUGAAACACCUUAGUUUUGUCUGGAAAGCCAAGUUCUUGGAGCACAAGUAGAUACCAUCCUGCCUGGCAGACCUAGGGACUGCUAACCUGCUCUGAGACAUGGGCAAAAGAAAAAGACGCCCCAAAAUUAUAUGAAUUAAUUAAAACUCCAGUGAGAACUCGGGAAUCCACUGCGGGGCCACUGACCAUAAUUUAGGACCCUGACUAAGACAAUCACACCUAGCUGAGUAUAAGCCUAAAGCUGAGCUCAUGGGAGCAUUCAAGCCAAACCAAAGCAAACAAACUUGCUCUUUGUUAGAAGUAACCAAGUAGCAAACAAUUUUUGAGACUCAAUUAACUUUUUAUAUUUUAAACUAACAACUUUCUGUGUUUUAUCUGAAAAUUCAUUAAAACAAUCAAAGAAUAUUAAAAAUCAUUUUUAGAAUGCCUUACCAACUCAGUUUUGCAGUUGUAAAUUGUGAAUUCUGAUUGUAAGCAACUGAAAAGAGGAUGUCAAAGAAAUAUUAUUCUUUUCCAUAAAAGAAAAGUAAUUCAGUAACCCAUUCAGUAUGGAUAACAGUAUGGAUAAUGUUUGCUUCAGUUGAAUGGUCUGGAGUAUGGAAUCUUUUUUUACGGAGCAGAAAAGUGAUUAGGAUUUGGCUUAUCUUUUAAUAAAUACACUAACUUAAACCAGAAUGGGCUUGCUGAGGCAACAGAUGAGAGAAAACAGGCAUAUUACCAGCAGUGUCUGUCCCAUUACACUACUUGAAACCAUUUCAGUGGUGCUAGUCAGAAAUGCCAUGGAUGUGGUGGUGGGUGAGAUUCCUCUGAAACAGCCAUAAAUUUAUUUGUCAGUUUAGGACAGUUUGCAACCACUACACUGCCACAGGGUGCUGACUCACCCCCUUUCUUUUUUAACCUCAUAGCCAGAAGUGUGAGCCCAGGACUGAGGUCUGGCUUUCAUCUCUCUGUCUCAGGCAGGAGAGCCUUGCUGGGAGCUGGGAUGUGCUCUAGACAUGAAAAUAAACUUCUCUGCACAGGUAUCCUGCAGAAAACACAAUUAGCAUCCCAGGUUUAUGAAGAGGAAACGGAAAGAAGUGAACACAAGGAACCUAAGCUGGGCCAGGAGCAGUUAGAACCAGACACUCUGGUCCUUCAUCCUGAGGCUUAAGGCCACUGCACAAAAACAAACUCUAUUCUUUAAAGCUGCUUACAAAAACUCACCUAUCCUCAAAACAUUCCAUGUAACAUGUGCUGCCCAAUAUUAUCUCCUUGGUUUACCCAGCAAAGUUGACAGAUGUGAAAACAUACAGCCAGAAUUCCUAGACUUCCUAGGUCUGUAGGAAUUCCUAAGAGACCUAGAAUUCCUAGGUCUCUACAUCAGGGCCUCAUUCUUCACUUAUCAUAUGUCUGGUUUUGAAAGAUGCUGAGCACCCAACCACAGCUGCAGACCACAGUAUCUGCAAAUGCAUGUCCAAAAUGCAUUGAGUGCCAGAAUCUAUGCUGGGUGCUUGAAAAUGGAGCCACUUACUUUUGUGGAUAAUCUGGGGAGGGUGGAAAAAAGUUGCUUAAAUAACAAGACCUCAGAGUAAGUCAGUGCUCAAGGCUGGCAGGAGACCAUGAAAAAUUUCAGCCUGUGAACGAUCUCUCACAUGAUCAGCCACUGUAGUUGCUGUAAAGUGCUGUGGCUGCCCUGAAAUUUUGGCCUAUGUCAGGUGUGAAUUUGGCUCAUUUUACCUUUAGUGUCACCAGCACUGCUGCUAUUCUGCUCCUGGCUGCAUUCUGUCAGUUCCAGAGGAUUUUGUUCUUGCCACUCCCUGCUCCUGGAGAGGCACGACUUCAGUUCCAGCCUUGUUAAAAUGGAUCCUGCUUCUUUCCUCCACAGGGGGUGCCUGAGUCAGACUUCAGGGGGAUGCAACCUUUAGAAAUACAAAGGUUGGUGCAGGUUAGAGUUAGGGAUAUUGUAACCUCUACCUCGUGGGAUCAGCCAGAGUGUGCAUAGAACAUCCAGGAGACUGGAUCAUUUCCCUUCUGGUAUUCCUACAGGGCAUCCCAGCCUUACCCAGGGUGGAGAGCUGCAGGCUGGUGUCAGAUGCAGUUUUAUUAAUCUAAGGGUCAUGCCAAGCUAGCUCAGUGUUGAUGUUCCUGCCAUUAGCAGAGUCAGCAGAAGAUUUAGGAGCUGGAAAGAACUGAAUUUUCCUGCACUCUGUGUCUUGGUGAGCACAAUGUUGGCUUAUUUAAAAGGCGAGAGGCUUCGGUUUGGGUUCAGCAAGUUCUUAGCUCCUGGUUUGAGUUUGUAAUUUGGCCAAGAAAACUUUGGUUAAAUCUCAGUUUGAGUAAUCUGGUUAGAAGAAACUGAGCAUGUGGUGUUUUUCAAAAUAGUCUAUUGUUUUGGCAGGGUCUGAACUGGAAAAGGGGAUCCAAUUCCAGCAGAGCAUUGAGGUUGCUCUCAGUCCAGCCUUCACACUCUGGAUCUUCAUGACUUUGAUCUUGUUUGUGCUGUCCACAAGUCCUGUGAAGUGCAAGAGCAGUACUCCACACAGCCCAGUCUGACAUGUCUUGCAGUGUUUUCUCUCACUGGAAAAGUGGAAGUGAAAUGAAGGAAUCAUGGAAAUCAGAAGGGUCAGAACAGGGCAAAAAAACUCAUGACACGAGAAGACAAGAAACAGAAAAGGUAAUGGGUUUGGAUAGAGACCUGCCUCUUUGUAGCUGGUGUGAGGAGGGGCAAGAGGAGACAGGUGAAAGGGCACAAGAAUGAAAGGAGCUGGGAUGUGCUGCCAAAACCAGAGGUUUUCUGGAUAAAAGCAUUUCCUUGACAAAUACUCCAGAAAUUCCUAACUGGUGCUAUACAGUAACAUGGGGCAGAUGAAAAUUUUUAAGGGGUGAAAGGGCAAGUGACCUACUGACAUGUAUCCUAAGUCUGGGUUGAAGGAAGGAAUUCUCUGAUGGAUCUCCAAUUCCCAAAACUGAGAGAGCGCAGAUAAGGCAAAGUUUAUCUGAACAGUGCCUGUUAUUUUGUGAAACUCUGUAACUCUUUGUUGCAUUCUUGGGAAUAAAAAAAUAUUAUGGUAUAAAAAAAUACAUUCAAAUUCAGGUCUUAGCUUAUUUUUUUUACUUCAUCACAUAAAUUUUGCCUUCAAACUGGGGGUGGCAAUUCCUGUACUGUCAUAUUAAUUAUGCUCCUGUCCUCUGCUCUGCUCUUCACUAUCAUUUUGCUGGUUGAAGACUUUUAUUUAUAUAUGUUUUGUAUUUAUUUAAUUUUAACAAAGAUUUUUAGGUUUGACCUCAUCUUCUUUUCACAGCCACUUUCUCCUUCCUGGUUCAGUUAUUUACUUAAAUGAAAAACUAUAUUUUCUUUUAAAAAUCCAUUUUCCAGAUUAAUGUUACAUUAUAUCUACAAACAUAUGAAGAAAAGUUUUCUCCUUACCCUUUAUUUUGUGGCUGCUCAUCCAAGGGGCUUUUGCUUCUUUGCUUUGCAUAUUCCAGAGACACUGCACAUCUCUCAGAAAUUCUGAGCAUUUUUCACAUAGAGUUUCCUUACCACUGCAUUCCACACUAAAGACUCUCAAAGUUCCUUGGAGCUUAAUUCCUUUUGGAGUUUAAUUCCUUGGAGUUUAAUUUCUUUUGAAAUAAAACAUGCAUAUGCA